AUGAAUUCGUUCGUGAAUGAUGUGUUUGAGCGGCUGGCUGGCGAGGCCGCCCGGCUGGCCCAGUACUCGGGCCGAACCACACUGACGUCCCGGGAAAUCCAGACAGCUGUACGCCUGCUGCUUCCAGGGGAGCUGGCCAAGCACGCUGUGUCUGAGGGCACCAAGGCCGUCACCAAGUACACCAGCUCCAAGUGUGAUUCAGAGGCCAGCAGCAUCUGUGACUCCGGGGACUUUGUUAGAAAUGCAGGAUCUUGGCCCCAGCUCAGAGUGCAGAAUCGGACCCUGCAUUUCGACAAGAUCCUCGGAGCUUACCAGCACCUCUGGGACUCCUCCCACCUCAUCUUGCAAGAGCUCUUGCUGGGCCAAGGGCAGCCCCUGCUGGAACCGGUGCCCCACCGGGAGCGGCAGUCCUUCAAGUACAGGCUCUCCUCGCGCUACCUGUACCACCUGGGGCUGCUGUGCCGGUUCCACGCCCUCUAUGACCAGAUGGUGCAGCCGCAGAAGCGGUGGCUGCUGCGACGGCUGCUGCACGGCGUGGCGGGCCGCGUGCUGGAGCUCAAAGACGAUCUGGUUCGCAUGGACCUGUGCGAGACCCACUGCCUGGACCAAGCGCUGCAGGACUUAAAGCUCACCCCGGCAGACCUGGAGGUUCCAAUUCCCAAAUACUUCCAGCUGGAGCAAUCCAACGUCCUGAGGGAGCGAGAGCAUAUGCUGGCAGAGCUCCUGUCCAGACGAGAGCCAGUGUUCGCCGAGGAGGUGUGGAAAGGUUACCAGCAGAGGAAACGCACUCAGCAGGACCGGCGGACGGAGAUGGAGUUCAUCGGCAUGCUCCCCUCGUCCAGCGAGGCGGAGCAGUCGGGCGUCAUGUCCCAGGCCAGCCUGGGGGCUGGGGGCGGGGAUGUCCGGAGACUCCUCCAGACCGAGAAGGAGCUCCAGUCGGCCGUGGUGAAGACCCACGAUGCCCUCAGGGAGACGGAGGGGCCCGACAUGAAAGAGAAAAUGAAGGGGCAAAUCCGACAGUGGUUUAUCGACACGCUCUACGCACUUCCUGCCCUGCACAGUCCGGGCUCCGUCUGGUCCAUCUCGGUCCCCAUCCUCCUCUGCCUCUCCUUGGUCACCCUUUCUCCCUGGGGUGUGGAUGCAACCCCUGACGUAAAUGAGCUGAUGCGUCAGGAGCUGAAGAGCCUGCGGCUGGCCGCGGUCAGGGAGGAGGGGAGAACUUCGAAGCCUCCGAAGAAAAAGAUGGGCAAGAAACCUGAGAAGAGGAAGAAAGAAAAAGAUCUGACCCCAGACAGAUCUGUGGACUCCCUGUUUGAAGAGCUCAUCAUCUUUGGCCUUCUAAAGAAGUGCGAGACAGUGGCUUUGAAAGACUCUGUUGGCUCCCCAGACAUACACUCCAUGCGCCCCCUCAACCGCUCCAUCCUCCUAGUGGGCCCCUCGGGCAUGGGGGAGACGAUGCUGGUCAAGGCCGUGGAAACCGGUGCCAACCUUUUCGACCUGUCACCUGGCAACGUGCAGGGGUGCAGACACCGCGCGAAGCUGAUCGGGACCACUGACCGGCCGCAGGCGGCUGAGAUGAAGGGGCUGUGCCGCACCUACGAGCGGAUCCUCCGGCCGCGGCCCGAUUAUGCUUCUCGCUGUGCCAUCCAAGCAGUGCUGACGGAACGGCGGCUCCUGCAAUUGUCCAAGCGGCCCCUGGUGGCCUCAGAGUUCCUGGGGCACCUGGUGAAGCUGGACCCGGUGUACAGGGAGAAGGAGGAGUCCCUGGAGAAUGGUUACUUCAAGGCCCCGCUGGGCAAGAAGAGGAUGAAACUCAUCAAGGACCAAGACGGCGCCGAGGAGGCCAAGCUGGCAAAGGCGGAGAAGCAAAGGAAGUGA